AUGCCUUUUGGGCGGUAUUUGGUGGUCUUGACAUUUUUCCUACAGGUUGGCUGCUUUUUUCGUGGAAUCAGCGGCUCACCGGAGAGCCAGGAGACGGCGGACAAAGGCACGCUUUGUCCUCAAGGCCUGGCUCUCUUUCAACAGGCCCUACGACAGGGCGGCUCUGCAAGCAGCCUGCGACGUGCUGGAGAGACAUCACAGUGCCAGCACCUUGCCAGCGAAGGUCCGGCUCAGAUUAUCCGGGGAAGCGAUGUCUGGGUCGGCCAAGAGCGGAUGGUGGUGCGGAACGUGCCACCGUCAAAACAAGCAGGGCUCACACUUCUGCCCGGGGUGUGGACAGGCAUGGGCGUCAUGGACGCCUACCUAUACGACCUCGGAGCACGACAUGACAUGGAAUGGGUGGUGGGGCAAGGAGCCUCGCUCACCGCGCAGAAGGCAGCAGCCCUCGCCUCGCCGGCAGCCUUCAACAGGGGCGAGCAAGGGCAGACACAAGGGCAAAGCUGGCAAGCAUGCCCAGCCUCCAAAGGGGGGCAAAGGCAAGGGGACCCCAGUGUGGAUGGGUUGCCGAGUGCGCCGUCCACACCGAUGGUGACGAUGCCACGCAAAGCUCAGCAAGAGGCUGUCCCUGCACAGGAGCGCACUCAAUUGGAUGCGCUUUUGGGCAUCCUGAAGAACUCGGCUGUGUCGCUGCCAGAGGAGGCCCAGAGUAUCCUGGCGGAGCUGCAUCAAAACAGCUCGCAGUCAGCUGCCAAGGUGCUGCACAGAGCAGUGGCAGACCAGGCGAAGUCGCGUCAGGCUCUGGCGAAGGUCCAGGCACAGCGACAAAACUACAUGGCAGCCUGGAAGGAUUACCUGGGCCAGAUCUACGCGCUCCUGGAACAGCAAGUGGAGGAGCAAAACAAGGUCUUGCUCGGUUUCGACGAGGCGGAGGCGCAGUGGGCCUCGAUGGAGCAUCAGGCCACUCAACAGCUCGCAAAGCUCGCGAAUGCCGACAAGGAUGGUGCAGAAGGAUCCGAGAAGGAUGCGGAGAUGAACGAGCAGCUGGUCACGGAGACGAUCGACGUGGAAGCCAGGCUGGCCGACAGCACAGAGGCCAACAUUCAGGAUGGCCAAAAGCUCCUUGCGGCUCUGCGCAGUAUGAAGGACUCCGCGGAUCAGACAAAGCCAGGACGAGACGGUUCCAGGACCCCCCGCAAAACUGGAACGGCAGUGGAUCUGACGCAGGGAGAAGGCAAGGAUGCCGAAGCGGUGCCAAAGGCUGGCCUGGCGGUUUCUUCUGGACAGCCGCAGCCGCCGCCUGCCAAGCAGGCGCCCCCUGGUGGGGCCCGUUCAUAG